AUGAUCCGGCAUGACCGGAAACUCGGCUUCAUAUCCGAUUUCUUCCGGGCGUUUCAUAAGAUCCUGGGACAGCGGCAGCGUGCUACGAUGGCAUAUCGACCACAGGCUAACGGGACUGCUAAGAGAAUUGUGCAGACCGCGACUAGGGCCCUCAAGAUGUACGUCCGCGACCUCGGUCAGAAGGAUUGGGACGAACACGCUGAGCGCCUUACCUUCGCGAUCAAUACGUCUCACGAUCGGAGAUACCCCUCUCUAUUUGGUGCAUGCGUGGGAUCCGAGAUCGACACUGGAGGCUACACUGCCAGUCGGAUGUACAAGACGGCGCGAUCGAGACGCGCGGCGAUGGGACAAGUCAAUGCCAGAUUGAAGGAGGCCAUCACAGAUCGAGCUGACCGACACAACGAGGACGCCGUUCCGAGUCGCCAAAAAGAUCAACAAAUUCAGCGUCAAGCUCGAGAUCGCAGGCACCGGGUACCAGCCUUCCCAGUAGUACACGUGUCGAAGUUGAAAUUGGUCAAGGAUUUCCCAGAUCGGCCGCGAGUGGAACUUUCGGUGGACGAGGCGGAUCGUCUUGAUUUCGACGAGACCCUGCUUCCGGAGGACAGUUGGGUUCCGGAUCUCGGGGCCGAUGAGUACGAGGUCGAGCGGAUUUCUGAUGUACGGUGUGGGAAGAAGACGCGCUUUGGUCGGAUCUAUCGAGAAUUCCUGAUUCAUUGGGCAGAAUACGAUGAGCCCACCUGGGUCGACGAAGCCGAUCUCAACUGCGGGACAAUAUUGAACGCCUUCCUACGAGAGCGGGCCAAUCGGAACCGAUUCACUGUGAUGCAAUCACAUGAGGAGAUGUAA